UAAAAAAAAAAAAUUUUAAGUUAAUGAUCCUGUUAAAACAACAACACUUUCCACAGAAAAUUUCGAAACAGUAUUUAAAGGGGCAACAACAACAGCAGGUGAAGUACCUCCAUUCAAACUUAAAACCACUCAAAAACCCUAAAAUUAACAUAAAAUUGCUAAAAAAUUUCAGUAUGCCGGAUUCUGUAGAAGCGACAUCUUCAUCAACACUCGUCUCAACUAAUAACUCCACACACAAUCACUUUUUUGUCUGGAAAGAGUUCGUAUGGGGAGCCAUUGCUGGUGGAUUUGGGGAAGGGAUGAUGCACCCAAUUGAUACAGUGAAAACUCGAAUCCAAAGUCAGGGUGUUUUGAUUCAAGGCCAGAGUCAAAAGAGUAUAUUACAGAUGGUCCGAGCUGUUUGGGGAGCUGAUGGUUUGAGAGGUUUUUAUAGAGGAGUUGUACCUGGCGUAACUGGAUCUCUUGCAACCGGUGCAACAUAUUUUGGUGUCAUAGAAUCAACCAAAAAGUGGAUUGAAGAAACACAUCCAAAUCUUGGAGGCCACUGGGCCCAUUUCAUUGCCGGUGCUGUAGGAGAUACACUUGGGUCUUUUAUAUAUGUCCCAUGCGAGGUGAUUAAGCAACGUAUGCAGGUUCAAGGAACAAAAAAAUACUGGGCUUCAGUUGUCAUGAAAGACGCUGCACACUUGAAACCUGAUGCCAGCAUGUAUGGCUACUAUUCUGGAAUGUUUCAGGCCGGCUGUUCAAUUUGGAAAGAUCAAGGUCCAAAAGGACUAUAUGCGGGGUAUUGGUCUACACUUGCUAGGGAUGUUCCAUUUGCUGGUUUAAUGGUUACAUGCUAUGAGGCUUUAAAAGAUGUUACAGAAUAUGCGCAGCAAAAGUGGUUUCCUAAUUCAAGCUUCCAUGUGAAUAGUUCAUUUGAAGGGCUUGUAUUGGGAGGAGUAGCUGGAGGUGUUAGUGCAUAUCUGACGACUCCAUUGGAUGUAAUCAAGACAAGACUUCAAGUACAAGGCACAAUCGUAAGGUACAAUGGUUGGCUGGAUGCAUUUCGUAGAAUAUGGAUGAUUGAAGGUCCAAAGGGACUUUUUAGAGGAAGCAUCCCAAGAGUAAUAUGGUAUGUUCCAGCUUCUGCUCUUACAUUCAUGGCUGUUGAAUUCCUGAGAGACAAUUUCAACGAGAGACCAAACACCAAUGAAGUCAAAGAAGUCACUAGCUUGUCAAUAGAAAGUAAGUCACCCUUGCAGCAGGGUUAGAUCUGCAUUUAUUAAAAAUUGUGGAAUACUUGAAAUGUGUCGAACCAAACCAAGUGUAUUCACUUUUAGGUAGCCCUGGUCUCGCUUAGAAGACCAUAAAGAUGGAUUUUAGCCAUCAAUGUGCGUCCUCUUUUAGGUAGCCCUAACUUCACUUAGAUGGCUGUAAAGAAAUAUCUUAGCUGCCAGUAUACAUUGAAAAGCAAAUUCUGAACUGAGUCGUUGCUUAUUGUAUAACCUUCUGACUCCGGCUAUUACAAGACCGGCAAACUGAAACAAAUCGUCUAAUGUGUAUUGGUUUAGGUUUUGGUAC